UAAUACACCGAAUAAGCACACGACCGUAAAAUAUAAUAUUUGUACUUUAGUAAUAGUACAUAUUUCCAUAGGUUUAUCAUAGUAGUAUUUAUUUUAUCGAUAAUUUUUUAAUUAAAAAAAAUCGUCCCCUCCAUUUAAAAGUUUGUAAAAGUUUUAACUACUUGAUAGUUAGCAUUAAUAUUUAAUACAAUUUAAUUUAUAUGUUUAAUUUCAUAUGAUCGUCAAUCACUUACAGAGUUUAAUGAUAAAUUAUUAUGGUUAUUAUAUAUUCUUAUAAGGUGGUUGUAUUUAUUUAUUUUAAAUUAUUUUAACUUUUUUUAAUACACUGGUUAAAAAAUAAGUUCCUGGCUUCUAAAAUACGUCUAAAUGUUAACCUACAUAGAUUUUCAUUUAAAGUACACACUUACGGUCAUUGGAGUAUUGUCAUUAAUCGCCCGACCAUUUAUCAACCGCUCGGAAGUUUUUAAAAUUGCAUUUAUAAGUGCCAUAGCGUUUGUGUACACAACACCAUGGGACAAUUAUGUCAUAUACAGCGACGCCUGGAACUAUCCACUUGAUAGAGUCUUAGCUACUAUUGGAUAUGUGCCUAUUGAAGAGUACAUGUUUUUUAUUAUACAAACUGUACUGACAUCGCUAUGGGCUUUGCUCUGUGUCCGAUGGUCAACGCCUUGCUUAAAUUUCAACUAUGACAAACGCAGCUACCAAUUGAUUCGAUGGGUACCGAUCACGAUUUUGGCUAUUGUCACGAUCGUUGGUUAUAAAUUGGUUAUUCCCGGACAAGGGACGUUUUACUUGGGAUGCAUACUAUGUUGGGUAUCUCCGGUGAUUAUAUUUUUGUGGUAUGGAGCUGGAAAUUUUUUCGUGAAAAAAAUAAUACCGUCAACUUUUGCGAUCGUGGUCCCUUCGUUGUACCUGUGUUGGAUUGAUCAAUUGGCCCUCAAGGAGAACGUCUGGCAUAUCAACGAGAAAACUAGUUUAAAUAUAUUCAUUGUCGACGACUUGCCAAUAGAAGAAGCAUUUUUCUUCUUCGUAGUAAACCUUAUCAUUGUCUUGGUAGGGGCUUGCUUCGAUAAAGCUAGCGGUGUAAUAGAAACUUACACGUCGGAGUACCCACUACGAUUUAGCAUAAGUUGGAAGUAUGUUUGUCAACUGUUCUCAGCAUUCGCGACCUCAGAAUAUAAUAUGCCACACAUCGUUACGGAAGAUAUAAAAGAAAGUAUUGAAAUUAUUACAGUCGCUUCGAAAUCAUUCACCACUGCCAGUUUUCUUUUUCCAGCUGGGAUUCGAUUGGAUUUAAUAAUUUUAUACUCAUUUUGUCGUGUAACGGAUGACAUGAUUGAUGACGAAUUGGAUGUCGAAAAGAAAAAAAGAAAGUUUGAGUUAACUGAACGAUUUAUCAAAGAAUUAUUUCAUGACAGAAAAUCAGAUUACGAUGUUCAAACAAAACCACAGGAAUUGAAAAUUGAUUGGACAAAAUACGAAUCCGAAUUGACUGACAGGGAAAUGUCAUGUUUCCGGGCAUUAUCUAGAAUAGCAUUUUAUUUGCCUCGUAAACCAUUCGAUGAGUUACUCGCAGGUUACAAAUGGGAUAUUGAGGGCAGGCUAAUCAGAAACGAAGACGACUUAUUAUUGUAUUCCACCUAUGUGGCCGGAAGUGUCGGUGCAUUAUGUGUUUAUGUGAUGAUGUACAGGUGUGAUAACGACAAGUAUGAUCUUGUUGAGAACUACGAUUAUGUCAUAGAAAAAGCAUAUCAAAUGGGACGAGCUUUACAACUUGUGAACAUUGCCCGUGAUAUCGUCACUGACAGCGAAACAUUGGGUCGAUGCUAUGUACCCACCGAAUAUAUGGACGACGAAGAGGAAGAAAUAAGAAUCUUGUGCCACGAAAAGCAACCGAGGUCUCUAGGUGAUAAGAAGUUAAAAAAAUAUUCCACACGGUUGAUCCAUCUGGCUAACAAACAACAAUUAGAAUCUUUGGAUGCUAUCAGGUGUUUGCCACACGUCACAAGAGGUUCGGUUCUAGCAACCACUGACAUUUAUCGAGGGCUUGUUUCUGCUAUCCUGUCUAGUCCUACCUAUCCGGCUAGAGCUUCAUUGUCAAAAACGAAAAAAAUUUUGAUAGGACUUAAUUCUUUAUAUAUUAAAAGUAUUCAAUACGUUGUAUAAUUGGAUUUAUAUAAAUAUAUAAGCCAUGUUUAAUCCUAAAUGCAUAAAUCAUCACGUUGAACAGUAAGUUACAAGUUAAUUAGAAAUUAAAAUUAAUUUAACUUGGUUAAUAUAAAUAAAUAUUAUAUUAUAUUCUGUGAAUAUUCAAUAUUAUUAUAAGCUAUUAGUUAUUAUAUUUAUAAAUAAUAUUUGAUAUUAUGAAUUAUGAUAUCCAAUUAUUAUUAUUUUUUUUUUUAAUAUAAAUGUUUACAAAAUAGAAUAUAUUUUAGGAAAAACUUAAAGUGGCAAUAAAAAAUAAUUAACUAAUAAGUUAUUGCAUAACAUGGAAAAAAUUUAAUUCGUUAAAAGUUAAUUUUAAAAAAAUGGAACUCAUUAAGUAACUUAGUUAAAACUUUAAAAGUAACUUAACUUUAACAUUUUAAUUUGUUAAUUCCCGGCCUUGAUCAUUAUACAGUAAACUUUUAAUUAUCUGUUGUCUUCCGCGGGACUAUGAACAGUACUACAAAUUUUGCUUAUGUACAUUGUGUCAAUGUAUAAUUCGAAAUCAUGUUAUAUUUAAUAUUAUGUGGAUGUUUAAAUAAAAAUACAACGUCUAUAUUUCU